GAGGUGCGCACGGGCCGCCACCGCCGCCGCUGCCGAUGAGGUGUGCGCGAGCCCCCCACGCCGGACUUCCUGGAGUACAUGCUCAAGCUCGAGAAGGAAGGCGGCGACGGCAAGGCCACAUCCAACACCGUGGAGUGGGCCAUGGCGGAGCUGAUGCGGAAGCCGCGGCUGCUGGCCAAGGUGCGGGAGGAGCUGGACGCGGUGGUGGGCCGGGACGCCGUCGUGGAGGAGGCGCACCUCCCCCAGCUGCCCUACCUGCACGCGGUGCUCAAGGAGACGCUGCGGCUGCACCCGGCGCUGCCGCUCAUGGUGCCGCACUGCCUCGACGCGGACGCCACCGUCGCCGGCUACUGCGUCCCGGCGGGCAGCCGCGUGCUCAUGGUGAUUUUUUUCUUACUUUUUUGAAAUA